AUGGAGGUCGCUCACCCCCUUCCCCCUCAGGGUCCUGCUCCUUCAGGUGUCUCUCAGGUAGACCCUCCUCCCGUCGCUGAGCCUGUCGAGUUCACAGGUGACUCAGGUGCUGCUGCGGGUGGUGCUGCUGGGAGUGCUGAGCCUGGGGGUGCUGAGCCUGGGGGUGCUGGGCCUGGGGGUGCUGGGGCUGCAGGUGCUGGGACUACGGGUGCUGGAGCUGAGGGUACGGUGCCUGAGAGUACGGAGCCUGGGGGUGCUGAGCCUGGGGGUGCUGAGCCUGCGGGUGCGGGGCCUGGGAGUGCUGGGACUACGGGUGCUGGAGCUGAGGGUACUGUGCCUGAGAGUUUGCCGCCUGGGGGUGCUGAGCCUGGGGGUGCUGCGACUGGGGGUGCUGAGCCUGCGGGUACUGAGCCUGCGGGUACUGAGCCUGGGGGUGCUGCUACUGAGCCUACGGAGCCUCGGGUUACUGCGUCUGGGGGUGCUCCGGUUCGGGGUGCUGAGCAGUCUCUCACACCGCAGCAGCUUCGUGACUGGUACGUCCGGCGCUUUCGCCGUCCUAGUGGCUCGGCUGGAGUUGGGGGUGCUGGGGCUGCUCGUCCUGGGGGUGCUCGUACUGGGGGUACUGGAGCUGCCGGGACUGGUUGUUCUGGGAGCACUGCGACUGGAGCUGCUGGAGUUGGGAACUCUGGCGCUGGCGGUGCUAGCGGAGUUGGAGCUGCCGACUCUGGGGGUGGCGCUGCUGCUGGUGCUGCGGACCCGCCUGGUGGAGCUGCUGCUGGAGCUGAGGACCCGAGCGGUGGCGCUGCUGCUGGUGCUGGGGACCCGGACGUUGGAGCUCCUGCUGGUCCUGAGGACCCGGCCGCUGGAGUCUCUUCUGCUUCUGGAGACGCUGCGCGGCCGCGACCGUACUUCGUACCGCUCCUUCAGCAGGUUCUUGGGCAGGCUCCUCCUCCUUGUCCUCCUCCCUCCGUAGAGUGUCCUCCGCCUGUCCAGCCGCAGUCACAGUUACCGCCUGCCUCGCCUCUCCCUGCUCCCUCUCCUUACGCUGGUCCCACAGGAGGUCUUACAGAGCGUCGUGAGCCUGAGUCUCGUCCUGUGUCGCCUGUUCGUCCUGCUCGCACUGGUAGUCGUGUCCGUCGUGAGCGUCCUCCUCCUGUCCCAGGCACUCACUACAUGACUCUGCGUCCCUCUACUGCUCCUCGGCGUGUCCCUCUACCGUCUCCUCCUGCGUCCUCUUUGCCUGCCGUUCCGGACCCUGAGUCUGACCGGUAUCGCGCUGAGCACCCUACAGUCACGCGUCUCCUCGCUACUGACCCUACCUUUGAGUCCUCGGCUGCGUCUGCUCUGGUCGCUGAGUUGGUUGACUUUGCUGCUGCCUGUCGUCUAGACUACGCUGCUAGCCUUGUUGCUGAGUCAGAGUCUGCGUCUGUCUGUCCUCCGUCCGUCGGGGGUGAGUGUGCUCUUGGCACGGACGUCCUUGAGGACAGGCAGGAGGACUUUGUGUUGGUGUAA